CCAAGCAUCUUGUUUUCUUCUUCUUGCUCUUUAAACACAGUGCCAGAGUCAUAGCUACAAAUACUAUCUCUGCAGUUUUAGUCAUUCCCAUUAGUGCCAAAAUACAAUAUACACGAAAUGAGUCUGAUUCAAAGGAAGAUUAAAUUGAAGCACUUCCUUGGCAGGUGUACAGUUUGUUCGACUCAUCCGUAGCGAAUUUGUCAGACAAGUUCGCUCUUUUACGAGUUUCGUUGGCCGUUCGAACAAAGUUGAUGUAGUCAUCAAUCAGGUUCAGAGAGUAAUAUUUGUUUUAGAAAAUUUUUAUGGAUGGAUCUCUCUCAUUUUAAGACAUUCCCUGGAUCAACGUCUUGUUUCUUCCUUCUUCUUUAAACACAGUGCCAGAGUCAAUGCCUUGACUGCUUUGACUGCAUCUUUGGCAAUUCUCACUGCUGUCAAAAUAUUCACGAACAGCGUCUGCUUCAAAAUGAUUGUACGUUUACGGGCUUGUUUGACAAAUUUGCGGCUAGACACGUGUGCGUUUGACAAACAGGUUUGCUGGUUUACGCAUACUCUAUGCUCGUUUCAAACAACACAAUAUCUCUGACUUAUGUAUUUUGUAUACGUUGAAUCAUGAAGUGCUUUACAAGAGUAAAGAGUAAUGUAUUUGCACCAACAUCGACUGACAUCAUCAGCCAGAACAUGAUUUAUUGGCAAAUGUCUAAGCACUAUAAGCGUAUAAAAAGUGCUAGAAAGGUGGUAGACACAUCAGCACCUUCCCACAGUAAGUUCAGUAGUGCUUCAACACGACGAGGGAAGAAACCAAGUACAGAGUGCCACUCUCCACUCAGUUCUGAUGGUUCACUCAGACAGGGAUUUCAUUGUUCAUCUGAGACAACAAAUAGUGCUCUUACGCAUACUUGUGAGAAAUACAACCCGAGCCCUAUUUCUGGAAGAGAGCACCAAGAAGAGAGGCCUGUGCCUAAUGCAAAGUGUAGGAGACCUUCCAAGAGCUGCAAGCAUAACACACAGUCUACCAUCAGUCUACAAUGUAAUGUUAAAUGCUGCCAUAAUUCCAUUACAAAAUCUAAGACAUGUUAUAAAACAUCAGAAAGGAAUAGUAUAAAUAUACUUAAAAAGGAAAAAAGUUCCUUUGAUAUUAUGGAGGUACACAGCAAAGAUUUUAUUUCACCCAGUAAACCAUUCAAGCCAAGAAUUCUUAAAACUGAUGCCGAACCAAGAAUUCGGAAUCUAAGAGUUUACUACCCACCGAGGAAAAAAGUACAUCACAAAAGAGUAAUGACAGAUGUAAAAGAGAAUGACUUUGCAGAAGCCGAUGAAGAGCAGUGUGAAGUGGUAGACCAGAUUUCGACUCAGACUUCAGCUUAUUCCGCAGAUUCUGAUUCUCAAAGCAAUUGGAAUACAGAUCAAGAAGUACAGUUCCUGCCAAAUUACACAUUCAGGAAAGGAAAGGGAAAAGUGACAAGUGAGCUAUCCAGUUGUGAUUCUGCAUACAAUGGCGGAAUAUCUUCAGCAGGUGAAAGUAGAGGGUCUAGUCCUGAACAAAAUAGGAGUCAUACUCUCAACACAGACUUAAGCACAAAUCAAGAAAGUACCAUCUCCAUCAUCAGAAGAAAUGAAGAUGAAAUAAAUGAUGCAACCCUCCAGUUCACUAAUGAUAUUGUAAACACAAUAAUAAAAAAUAAUACUUUAUCAAACAGUGGGAUAAAGAACGUAAUAAAGCUGUGCAUGUCUGAAUAUGAAGGCAAACUGGAUAAGGUAAAGAUGAUUCAAGAAGUGAAAAAAUUGAUGGAACAGCUAGAUGUGGAGGAUGAAGAUGUAUAUGAGGAGAAGAUCGCGGAAAAGGAGCCGCCUUACAGAUCAUUUGUUAGGGACAAAAACUGUAAAAAUACAAAUGUACCUAAGUGUAAUGUUGAUAUAAACAGUAUUACAGGAAAGACAUCCCCUGAAGAGACAGGAAUAUGUGAUCCGUUUGACGAUGACCUGUUGCUGCAAGAAUACAGGUCAGAGCUAAGAAAAUUGGACAUUGAUCCAGAGAACUACUACUUUCCAUUGUCCAGUGGCGUUGAAAUGGCUGUUGAAUAUAUGUGUGCAUACCCAUUCGCAGCAAAUACUACUUCACAGGAUAUUUUAGAAGAGGAACUGUGGUUACAUCCAUUUAAAAUAGACUUUUCUUUGGAUACAGAAUGUAAAAACAGUAAACUGCAGUCUCAGGUGGAAUGUGACCAAGAUGGCCUCACAGAUGAACAAUUUGGAAAGUUCUCGUGUGUGAAUGAUCCUAAUAACAUUAGUAGCAGUAAUACAGGUAACAGCAGUAGAUGCCUUAUCCAUAACAACUCAGAUUGUCAGCAGCAGGAUAUUGAGCAUUUAAUGGAUCUGCAGUUAGGGCAUCAGACUGCACACACUUCUAUAAACAAAAAUUCAGAAUGUUCACAAAUUUUAUGUUUGUCUGAAAUGGUCACUGAGUGUAAGUUAAGUGAUGUGUGAGUCCUAUUACCACUAGGCAGGUCACUGAAGUCCUUGAUAAACAAAACAUAUUGUGUUGUGUAUCUCUAAAAUGGUUGUAUUCAUAAAAUGAAGGAUUACGGUUUGACUAAACAUUUCAUGUUGGAAGCUGCAUAAGUUAAGUGCAAUCAGAAACAAGAUGCAGAAUGUGAAACCAGAAAACACAGGUUCACAUUUUAGAAAAAUGAGCAUAGAGAAGAGAGGAAAGUUAGGUGAAGAGUACAGAGGGACACAGCAUACAGCAUUGAGAUUCCUGGGACCAUCAAUGAAUGACCAGUAGACAGAAGAAAGUAAUGCAUCCCAAGAAUUUGAAUACUGUAUGCUAUAUUCUACUUCAUUGUACCUGCAGGCUCUAGUCGUAAAUUGUGUACUGCUCUUAGUCUUAUCUUUAUCACAUUUUAUCAAUUCUGUCAUUUCAUGUUCUCGCCAUUUCUGAUGAACUUUUGAUUCUGAAAACUUAGGCUUACACUAAGUGGCAGCUUUUGAAGUUUGGAUGGUUUCACCAAUAUCUGUAAUUUUUUAAGUGCUAUCAUUUUAGCUUUAUUUCAGCUUAAUUUUGGCUUUACUUUCAGGAUUUCAGUCCUGACUUUGUUGAACAUUUUUAAUUUUUAGAUCAUAAUCAGUAUUAAUAUUCUGCAGUCUUCUGCUGUGUGUUGUUGCAGUAUUAAGAUAACUGGUGCAGUUUUAUAUUGUUCCUAGGAUGCUUGACUUAAUAAUUAUUUUUACACAACUUAACUCCAUAUUUAUGUAAAAAGUCUAAUAAAAUGUUUUUCUGAAAAUCAA